AUAGCCUGUACUUUGUUUACGUCCCGUUGGUUAGCUGACAGCUGUUGUAGCACUUCACUCACACAAGGAACCGCGUCUGUAUCUCUCUGGUGGUUGCCUAGAGCUUCGUAAACUUUAAACAGAGUGUCUUGGAUGUCGUGGAUGGGAUGUUUUGUUGAAUGAGGGGGACCCGCUAGAUGCCGACAGGAGGAUGAACUCCAUCACCGGUCGGGUUCUCGCCAUCCCCGCCGCCUCUGUCAACUCUGGAGCUUCAUCAUCUCGAGCCUUGCAUGUAGAGCUCACAUCCCAGCAGAGACGAUUGCGUCAUCUCCGGAGCAUCGCAGCUAGAAACAUUGUCAACAAGAAUGGUUCCCCACUGCUGGACACUUACUUCACCCUCCACCUCUGUAUAGGAGACCGCAUAUCUAGAGAUUUUUACAAGAGUGAAGUCAUCCGAGACUCACUGAAUCCAACUUGGCGGAGCCUGGACUUUGGCAUGCUGCCGGACCUUCUGGACACCUCAGUGUCUUGCUUCGUGGUGAGGAUCUGGGGAGGACAGGGGGAACAGUUCCAGCUCCUCAUUGAAUGGAAGGUCAAUCUGGAUGGCCUCAGAUACACAGGACAGCAGAUUCGGUCCAGGAAUCCAAAUGAGAUCAUAUUUGGAUUGAAUGAUGGCUACUAUGCAGCUGACUUUGAUCAUAAGGAUCAGUCGGAGCGGAAGAAAAACAGCCUGCUUCAGGUUGACCAGAGUUCAGUCAGGAACUCCUACAGUGUUUUCUCUUUGCUCAGACUUCACACAGCCCAGAGAGCCAUCAAGCAGACCCAGGUGACAGUGCAGAAGAUUGGGAAGGAGAUCGAGGAAAAGCUAAGGACGACGGCGACCUGCACAGAGCGGAAAAAGGAGAGGGAGUGCAUGCAGCUGCGUAUCGCCGUGCUGCGUAGUGAACUACAGCGGCAGAGGAAGGCGCUUGGCAGGGAGAUAGACCUGCGGCAGAAGGAGAGGUCACAGCUUCAGAGGAAAGAGGAAGCGUUCUCCGCUCAGCACGAGAGUCUGAAGGAGGAGAAGGAAUCCUUAACCAAGCUGCAGAAGGAAUGCACUGCCAAGAGAGAGCAGUUCCUCAAGUCCAACGCCCAGCUCACCUUCCGCUGUCGUCAGCUGCUCUCUGAGCUUUCCUACAUUUACCCCAUUGAUGUGGCUAAUCAGUCAGAUUAUGUCAUCUGCGGAGUGAAGCUGCCAAACUCUGAAGACUUUCAAGCAAAGGAUGACGGGAGCGUGGCAGUCGCCCUGGGUUACACAUCGCAUCUGGUCCUGAUGAUCUCGUGCUUCCUGCAGGUCCCUCUUAGGUAUCCGGUGAUCCACAAGGGGUCACGCUCCUCAAUCAAGGAUACCAUCACCGACAGGCUCAGUGAGAAGGAGCGAGAAUUCCCUUUGUACUCCAGAGGAGAGCGAUUUCAUUUUGAAUAUGGUGUCUACUUACUCAACAAGAACAUUGCCCAGCUGAGAUAUCAGCAUGGCUUGACCACCCCAGACCUGCAGCAGACACUACCCAACUUGAAGAACUUUCUGGAACAUGGCCUGCUGGUCCGAUGUGACAGACACCAUGUCUCUAGCUCCAUACCAGUGCCAACCAAGUCUCAGCUGGGAGUGUCUGCUGCCUCAGAUAUAGGCUACCCCUGCCACACCAGCUCCCCAGACCGAGGCCUGAGGAAAAGGGCGAGCUCUGAGGCUGAUAAGCCCAAGUACAAGCCAACUCCUCCACCCAGCUACAGCACGGCCAUGGGUGAAGAGCAGCCCCCGGCUGGCCUGGCACCGCCCUCGCCCUCGGCCAAACACCUGUCCUCCUCCCUAGAUGCCGGCAUGGCAUCGCUUAACCUGGCUAAGGCUGCAGAGGCCGACAAGGAGGAAGAGCGGAAGGAAGAGAAGGAGGAGGAAAGGGAGACAGCAGUCGAGAUGGACAGACGCAGGAGCGUUGACAGAGAGAUUGAUGUAGAUAAAGAAGAAGAACAAGAGCAACCAGCCAGUAGUACAGUUGCACCCAACUCUUCUACAGUGCAGGACGCUGGUGAGGAAACGGUGGCCACUAGUCAGCACACAGGUGCCAUGAAUGGCUCUUUGGUACCAGGACAGGCUCCUGUUAGCCUGGUCCCAGAGCUGCGCUGCUCUGUGGAGCAAGCUGAGGAGAUCAUGGGCACAGAGGCCACUGGUUUAGGCCUGGGGUUGGGUUUAGGGCUAGCAGAUGAGGCCCGGCUGGAAGACUACCGCUGCAUCCCUGUGGACCACGCGGUGGCUGUGGAGUGUGAUGAACAGGUGCUGGGGGAGCUGGACGUCGCAGGGUUUGAGGAGUUCUCCAGGCGCAUCUAUGCACUAAAUGAGAACAUGUCCAGCUUCCGUAGGCCACGCAAGAGCUCUGAUAAAUGAGGCAGAGGACCUAAGGAGAGAGGAAGGCAUGAAAAAACUCGCACAGGGAGUUUGGAUAAAUCCAAGGCAGGGACAUGAACUGAGAGGACAGGGGUGGGGUUCCCACUCCCUUACCGCAGCAUCAAAAAUCAUAGGAGCUAUUCUGAAAUAAUGACCAAUUUGCACUUAUUGUAAACAUUUCCAUAGUAAUCUUUUAAAUGAAACACAGUUAAAAGUGCAGGUAUUGGGACAGUAAGCUUAACUUUUAUUUUUGAUGCCAGCUUUAAUAUAUUUUUUAACAAUGGAUGGAACAAUGAACCAUUAUUCAGACAUUUCUAUUCUCAAAAUUAUUUGACCUCAGCGGUAACAAUCGCACUCUAUGAAUUAAUGUCAGUUAUUGUAGGCUGUUGUUCCAUAACAGGGGACCAUAGAUGUAAAAUGACACACAACAUAUACCACUGGCACUUUGUUUUCAAAAACUUACUGCAGUAACAGCCCUUCUUGUACAAAACAUUGUUGUCUCUAAAUUGCAUUUAAGAUUCACAUCCCCACCCAGAGUGCAGCCUUAGUGCAGCCUGAGUGCAUCAGGGUAUAAAAAUGUUUCAAUGCAGUAGCUCCAGAUCCUUUUCCUUAUCAGUAUACCUCAAGUUUCCCCUCAACUACCGAAGCUUCUGCUUGCUUCUUCACUCGUCGAGUUUUUUUGGACAGUAUAUCAGUUAUAGAACCAUUAAUAUAAACAAGAGACGCACACACAAACAAUGGCUGCAACUGGAAGUUUUAUCAGCAAAUCACACAGCCUGCUCUCCCAGUACUUUCACCUUUGACUGUACAAGCAAAUGUUUAGAUGCUUCCCGAGCCUUCUUUCGAGGUGCAUGACAGUGGGUGUGUGCAGGAGGAAGUGAUGUGUAUGCGUAUGUAUGUGUUUGUGCGUGCGUGCGUGUGUGUGCAUGCGUGUGUGUGUGUGUGUGUGUGUGUGUGUGUGGUGCAUCACAUUGGCAUAUAACCACAAUCACAGUUAGGUUGCCAGUAAUCCCAGCAAUGACCUUUGAACCGGGCAGGAUUUUGCUACCGUAAAGUGAGGCGGGAGCUGGAACCAGUAGCCCAAUCAGAGACUCCCUAACUGUGACACACGGCAUUUCCUCCCACGCAACAGCUCAACCCACCCAUCAUUCUCCACACGGGGACAAGUUUCUCCUUCAGGUCUUAAGACAAGGAUCGCGUGAGUGGCAGAUUGGACCUUACAGCACAUGGCAGGGAUACGGUGCAAUUGUUUUUCUGUCCAUCUCCAUGUCCUCUUUUUUCCUCUUUGAUUUUUUUUUCAAUUUUAAUGUAUCCCAUCAUUAUUAACGCCAAUGUUAAGUCCACUGAUUCUCAUAUUCAGUAGACCAAAAAUUUAAUUCUAUGUCUGUGUUCCAUUGGAAUGUCUCACUCAGGCUCUACUGUAAAUGUUAUAGCAAGUGUCUCAAUCCCAUUGGCUGUGAUUUUGUCCUGUGUCUCCAUGUUCUGAAUGCUUUCUUGCACUGGUGUUCAAUUAUUGCGUUAUUUAUGUCUCUCAACAGUUGUGUGUGCUUUGUUUCAAAGGAAAUCAAUAUCUAGUUUUAUUUUUCCCACUCACAUGGGAUGUCGCUCAUUAUUAUUGUCAAAUGUGAGACUGAUAUCAUAACCAGUGUCUGGGUCCUGAUGUGGACAGCUGCUUUGCAUCGCCCGCUGUGACAAGAUCAACUCUCCACUGGCAGCCCACUUUGUGUGUCAGAUCCAGCAGUGUGGUUGCUGACUGUUGAGAAGUGUUGUAUUUAAAACGAAAAGAUGAACCAUGUUAGAUCAUUUCCGUAAACUACUAUACAGUUCAGUAAGUGACCAUGUACAUAUACUUUUGUAUGGAGGGUUUUUUUUUUGUUAUUAAAGACUUGCAGUCUAAUGGCA